UCCAUCUUUGAAUAAGAAUGGAUAGUCACAGCUUCACCUCUGGAAAAAGAAUACAUUUGAUUCUUUUUUUAUGCCAAAUUAUUACUGCAUUGGACGUACCUCUUGACUCAAAACUUCUUGAAGAAUUGUCACAGCCUCCAACAAUAACACAGCAGUCUCCAAAAGAUUAUAUUAUUGACCCAAGGGAGAAUAUUGUAAUACAGUGUGAAGCAAAAGGAAAACCUUCUCCUACCUUUUCAUGGACACGUAAUGGAACUCACUUUGAUAUAGAUAAAGAUGCACGGGUAAGAAUGAAGCUUCACUCAGGAACUCUUUUAAUAAAUAUUAUUAAUGAAGAAAGUGGAGGAAAAGCAGAAUUAUAUGAAGGUGUUUAUCAGUGCACGGCAAGGAAUGAGCUUGGAGCAGCAAUUUCCAAUAAUAUUGUUAUAAGAGCAUCCCGUUCUCCUUUAUGGACUAAAGAAAAACUAGUUCCAGUAAGAGUUACUGAAGGUCAAUAUGCAAUUCUUCCCUGCAGGCCACCAGCAGGAUUACCACCACCUAUAAUAUUUUGGAUGGAUAACUCUUUCCAAAAGCUGCCUCAGAAUAAUAGAGUUUCACAAAGUCUAAAUGGGGAUCUUUAUUUUUCUAAUGUAAUACAAGAAGAUAGCCGUGAGGAUUAUAUAUGUUAUGCAAGAUUUAACCACACUCAAACUAUUCAACAGAAGCAACCUAUUUCAUUAAAAGUUGAACCAGUCAGAUUUUAUUCAGAAAGACCCCCAACUCUUCUAACACCUGCUGGAAAUGCAAGUAGCCAAAUAGAACUAAGAGGAAACACUCUUAUGCUGGAAUGUAUUGCAGAAGGAUUACCUACGCCAUUAAUCCGCUGGAGCAAAGAAGGUAGUGACCUUCCUGUCAACAGGACUUUCUUUGAAAAUUUUCAUAAGACCCUCAAAAUCAUAGAUGUUUCUCAAGCUGAUUCUGGAAAAUACAAAUGUAUGGCAACAAAUCGUUUGGGUUCUGCUUACCAUAUUAUUACAGUCAAUGUCAAAGCUGCACCUUACUGGAUAAGAGAACCUACAAACCUUAUAUUAUCUCCUGGAGAAGAUGGUUCCUUGACUUGUAGAGCUAAUGGCAAUCCUAAACCCAGCAUAAGAUGGUUAGCAAAUGGAGUUCCCAUUGAAAUUGCUCCUGAAGAUCCCAGCAGAAAAGUUGAUGGUGAUACAGUUAUUUUCACUAGUGUGCAAGAAAGAUCAAGUGCUGUGUAUCAGUGUAAUGCCUCUAAUGAAUAUGGAUACCUAUUAGCAAAUGCAUUCGUGAAUAUUUUAGCUGAACCACCAAGAAUCCUUACUCCAUACAAUAAACUUUAUCAAGUCAUUGAAAAUAAGCCUGCAUUGCUAGAUUGUGCUUUUUUUGGUUCACCUAUGCCUGAAACUGAAUGGUUUCAAGGAGUAAAAGGUAGCAUUCUGCAGGGAAACCAGUAUGUUUUCCAUAAUAAUGGAACCUUGGAAAUUCUGAGAGCCCAGAAGGAUAGCAGCGGCAUGUACACCUGCAUAGCAAGAAAUAAACUAGGAAAAGCACAGAAUAACGUUUAUUUAGAAAUCAAAGAGCCCACAGUGAUUAUUAAGCAGCCUGAAUACAAAGUUGUACAAAGGAUGGAACAGGUUUUCUUUGAAUGUGUAAUUAAAUAUGAUGCAACGUUAAUACCCACAGUUACAUGGUUGAAGGAAAAUGAUGAAUUGCCAGAUGACGGACGGUUUAUUGUGGGUAAAUACAACUUGACCAUUAUGAAUGUCACUGAUAAAGAUGGUGGAGAAUAUACUUGCAUAGCUAAUACUACAUUGGAUAGUGUUUCUGCAAGCGCUGUACUCACUGUUGUGGAUCGUCCUGAUCCACCUUAUGAUUUGGAAUUAACAGAUCAUUUAGAAAGAAAUAUUCAACUCACCUGGAUACCGGGCAAUGAAAAUAAUAGCCCCAUUACAAGGUUUAUUAUUGAAUAUGAAGAUGCUCUGCGUGAACCAGGAAUAUGGAAUUACCAGACAGAAGUCCCUAGCAUGUUCACAACUGUAAAGUUAAAGUUAUCACCAUAUGUAAAUUAUUCAUUUCGUGUAAUAGCUGUCAAUGAAAUUGGAAGGAGCCAACCCAGUGAAGCUUCUGAACAAUACUUUACAAAAUCUGCAAAACCAGAUGACAAUCCUUUUGGCACUCAAGGGAUUGGAACAGAACCUAAUAAUUUAGUGAUCACUUGGAAGCCUUUAACAGAUUUUCAGUCCAAUGGUCCAGGGCUUCGGUAUAAAGUCAGUUGGCGGCAGAAUGAUGGCGAAGAUGAAUGGACAUCUGUUAUAGUUGCAAAUGUAUCUAAAUAUAUUGUAGCUGAUACUCCAGUCUUUGUUCCAUAUGAGAUAAAAGUACAGGCAUUAAAUGACUUAGGACCUGCACCUGAGCCUAUAACAAUAAUUGGACAUUCUGGGGAAGACUUACCAAUGAGUGCUCCAGGCAAUUUACAAGUACAAGUUGUAAACAGUACAUUAGCGAAGGUGCAGUGGGAUCCAGUUCCAUUAAAGUUUGUCCGUGGUCAUCUUCAGGGAUAUAAAAUUUACUAUUGGAAAGUUAAACAUUUAUCUGGAAGAAUUAAGCGGCAUGUAGAAAAAAGGAUGUUGACUUUCAGUGGAAAUAGAACACAUGGAAUGGUGCCAGGACUGGAGCCUUAUAGUUCUUAUAAGCUGAAUGUAAGAGUGUUUAAUGGGAAAGGAGAAGGACCACCAAGCCCAGAUGAAACGUUUAAAACUCCAGAAGGAGUUCCCAGUGCACCCUCUUUUUUGAAGAUUACUAAUCAAAAUCUGGGCUCUCUUACUUUGGAGUGGGGCCCACCUUCUCAUCCAAAUGGUGUUCUGGUAGGAUACACAUUAAAAUUUCAACCAAUUAAUAGUACUCAUGAAUUAGGCCACUUGGAAGAGAUCAAUAUUCCAGCCAAUGAGACCAGCUUGAUUUUAAGCAACCUGAAUUACAGCACUCGAUACAAGUUCUAUUUUUAUGCACAAACAUCAGUUGGAGCUGGAAGUCAAAUAACAGAAGAAGCAGUAAUAAUUAUGAAUGAAGGAUAUUCAGAAAAUCCUUUUGAAACCUCAUCUGUCAUGCAUACUAUACCUUCAACAUUUUAUAAGGUGCAGCCAGUGUACCCAAGGAUCAAAAAUGUUACGGCAGCAGCUGCUGAAACUUAUGCCAAUAUCAGUUGGGAAUAUGAGGGUCCAGUUCAUGAGAACAUUUAUGUUGAAUAUGGUGUGGCAGGCAGCAAAGAAGAAUUGAGAAAAGAAAAUGUUAAUGGUUCUCGGAGCUUCUUUCUCUUAAAAGGAUUAACACCAGGAACGUCAUAUAAAGUCCGGGUUGGUGCUGAGGGUCUUUCUGGUUUUAGGAGCUCAGAGGCUGUGUUUGAGACAGGUCCAGCAAAGGCAAGUCGACAGGUUGACAUUGCUACUCAAGGAUGGUUCAUUGGUCUUAUGUGUGCAGUUGCUCUUCUCAUCUUGAUUUUGCUCAUUAUUUGUUUCAUAAGGAGAAAUAAAGGUGGAAAAUAUCCAGUGAAAGAAAAGGAAGAUGCACAUGGUGAUCCAGAAAUACAACCUAUGAAAGAAGAUGAUGGAACUCUUGGUGAAUACAGUGAUGCUGAUGACCACAAGCCUCUGAAAAAAGGAAGCAGGUCACCCUCAGACAGGACUGUGAAAAAGGAAGACAGUGAUGAUAGUUUAGUUGACUAUGGAGAAGGAGUCAAUGGCCAAUUCAAUGAGGAUGGCUCCUUUAUUGGACAAUAUAGUGGUAAAAAAGAGAAAGAACCUGCAGAAGGAAAUGAAAGCUCUGAAGCUCCUUCCCCAGUUAAUGCAAUGAAUUCAUUUGUCUAAUUAAAGAAAUUGUCUCAUAUCAACAUCUGCAUUACACUUAUAUAUCUUCCCCAAAUUACAGACAUGAAAAGAAACAAAUGAAGUGUUUUUUUCGAUAAGUACAUAUAGUGCAUAUAGAUGAAACUGCUAGAAUUUAUAACAAAAGUAAGUCUAAAUCAGAAUGCAAAACUGGAAGCAUUUUACACAGCAUUUGUUUACAAAAUUUUAAGAUGAGCAACAUCAAUUAAUACUGCAGCCGCAGUAUAAUGCAUGCAAAGUGUUGCAUAUAUCUCAAACAAAACCAGUUAUGCCACUGAAAAUGAUUUUUCGUAAUUUGUUAAACAGUCUUUGACUAAAUUCCUGAAGUCCAUUUUCAUUGUCAGAGUGUUAUAGUAGUAUUAUAUAGAACUUCAAUGUCUUUGUGGACAUUGUUGUGAACUUGGUGACUUAAUGUCUAGCUUAAUGUCAUUAUGUCUUUUUUGCAAGACAGUUAGGAACAGGAUGUACAGUAUAUGAUUGAUAAAUGACUUUAAGUAUGACACUUACAUUCCCUGAUGCUAACUGAGAUUCUGAUACCUGCUUUUUGCUUCUCUUAUUUUAUAGGCUUUUUAAUCUACAAAGUAUUACUGCAGCACAGUGUUCUAUUUUUGAAAUCUAGUACACAUUGGCUUUUAUGUUUUCUUUUGUUUUAAUUCAUUUUGGAGUUGUACACUUAUGGAUGUAUAAAAUUUUCAAAUCAUAAAAAGUUAUUCCAGAAAUAUACAUGGCAAAAUAUAUUCAGUGCCUUUAAAUAAUGUGCAUUUCAUUAUGUACUAUAAUUGGCAUCCUCCACCAGGAACUUUUCUGCACAUGGUAACAUUGAAACAAACACCAAACAAAUGCAGAAGGGGUACUUGCGGAAAUGUUCCCAAUGUAUUUUGUCCAACUCAGCUGGCUGAAGAGUGUGUGAUUAAUUGCCAAAGUAAUUCAAUCAUUUUCAAAUACCCAGAUAUGUUGGUUUGAUUAGAAUAGUUUGUAUUUAAACUACAUAAAAACUCAUUAAGAUUUCUUUCUUUAUGGAGAUAAACUAUAGAAUUCAACUUACAUUUCCAUGGCCUUAUGUGAUUUAUACAAAAAUGCUACAUUAGUAUAUUUUGCUAAUAUAGAUACAGAUAUUCUCAGAAUAAUAUACUAAUACAGCAUGUUCACAACAGCACAUUUCUGUCUCAGUCAGAAAACCAGAAUAUAGCUUUUACCAGAGUGCUUGGCAUGAAACAGGGUAUAGAAUGCUACACAAGAGUUAAAUCAUUUGAUUUAAUAAAUGCUAAGUUUAAUUUUUUUAAAAAAUGGCCUCAUCUAUUAAUUAUAAACUCCCUCUCAUAAACACACACACAAAUUACCAUUGAAAAGGUUUACCUCCAAAUAUAAAAUUUUAUAUAACAACCUAUGGUUGAAGGAAUGCUCAGUUUCAUUUGCCAAUAAAUUGGUUUUUCAUAACUUGCAUCAAGUUUAAUUUUAAGUAAGCUUUUAUAUGUAGAUAUUUUGUUGAAUUUGUACAUACACUUAAAAGUGUAGAUGCUAUAUGCUCCUCGGUGUUAUAAAUAAAAAUGUUUUGGUUGUACUGUGUAAGAAGUACUCUAGCCAAUGAGGUGCUUGUUAUUUUAAAGCAUCUGUCAAAAUGCAUAUAAAUUCAAAUUUGGGACAAUAAAAGUUUCACUCUUCUUGUUACAGUUCUUCAAGUCAUGUGCUAAGGUUUAUUACUGUGUGUUACUUCCGUUAUGUUGCAAGAUUGAUAAAUGCCUUAUUUAAAAGUACAGAAAUUGCACAGCAUCAGUGCUUGACAGAUUGCAUCUAAUAUUUGAGAUCACAAUAAAUUUGCAACUUUAAUGCAUAUACUGUGUACGUAAAGCACAAUUUGCAAUAUUCACCUCAUUAGCAGUCCAAAAAUGAAAUAACUAUAGAGCACUAAUUGAAAAAGCACAAAAGGGAAAUUUUCUACCAAGAUUUUCCAACAGUAUUGGAGACCAGUAGAAGGUUACAAUUAAAUGGAGAUGUGAAUAUUAUCCAUGCAUGUGAAGAUACACAGUUAAAGUUACUUCUGUAA